GGAAGUGACUCAAGGCCGGAGGUGGACAGGCCCUGGGAAGGCAGGGUGGGGGAGCGCGGGCAAUGGGCGACCCUGAACGGACUGGCCAUACACGGGACAGGGCGAGAGUGCCGGCGCCUCUAGAACGCAGGGAACGUACCGCGAGGGAGGGCCCAGCUGCUGGGUCCUCCCGGGCAGUGGUCUGACAUCUGGACGCAGUGGGAAAGCAGCAUCCUGCCCCUGGGGAGUCGGGAGGAGCCCAGUCCCAUCCAGCUGUGCAAACAGGAGGAGGUCCCAAGCCUACCCUUGGGAGAGGGGCAAGAGGGGUGGUCAAGCCGCCGCCGCGCCAGCCCCCGCGAUGCGGGUUGCGCCAGCCCUCUCGGAGCCCGACGCAGAAACUUGUUGCAACAAACAGGCGACCGCUGGUGCCCCUAGCAGCCAGCGGCGGAGUGGGUGGGCGGGCGAGAGGGAGGGGAAGGCUGGCGGACGCCGCAGCGAACUGGUGGGCAGACCCGGAGUCGCCGCGUAAGCGGGGCCGGCUCAGUGCGGUGCGGCAGGCGCGGCUGUGCGGCAGCGGAAGUCCUUUGUUGCAGCACAGUCCCUGGCAGAGCCAGAACCUCUCCGCGCAGCCCAGCCCGUGCGCCGCGCGUCGUCUCCACUGCAGCUCGCGGCCCCGUCGCCUCCGCCCGCCUUUCCCGUGGCUGAUUUGCCUUAAACUCCCUAAAAUCUCCGCAACCCCGGUUCCUGCUGCGGCCGGUCUCCAAUUAAUAGAAGAUGGCAAAGCCCAGCCACAGCAGCUACGUCCUUCAGCAGCUAAACAACCAAAGGGAAUGGGGUUUUCUCUGUGACUGUUGUAUUGCAAUUGAUGACAUUUACUUUCAAGCACACAAAGCAGUUCUAGCUGCUUGUAGCUCCUAUUUUAGAAUGUUUUUCAUGAACCAUCAGCAUAGUACUGCACAACUGAAUCUCAGCAACAUGAAAAUCAGUGCUGAGUGUUUUGAUCUCAUUUUGCAAUUUAUGUAUUUAGGAAAAAUUAUGACCGCUCCCUCCAGUUUUGAGCAGUUUAAAGUGGCAAUGAACUACCUACAGCUGUACAAUGUUCCUGACUGCUUAGAAGACAUACAGGAUGCAGAUUGUUCUAGUUCAAAAUGUUCAUCUUCUGCUUCUAGCAAACACAACAGCAAAAUGAUAUUUGGAGUACGAAUGUAUGAAGACACUGUGGCUAGAAACGGCAGUGAAGCCAAUAGGUGGUGUGCAGAGCCAAGUUCAACCGUAAAUACACCACAUAAUAGAGAACCUGAUGAAGAGUCUUUACAAUUAGGUAAUUUACCUGAACCACUAUUUGAUGUAUGUAAAAAAAGUUCUGUGUCCAAAUUAUCUACUCCAAAAGAACGCGUGUCGCGACGCUUUGGACGGAGUUUUACCUGUGACAGUUGUGGGUUUGGCUUUAGCUGUGAGAAAUUAUUAGAUGAGCAUGUGCUAACCUGUACUAACAGACAUUCAUAUCAAAACACGAGAGCCUACCACAGAAUAGUAGAUGUUAGAGAUGGAAAAGACGGUAAUAUCAAAGCCGAAUUUGGUGAAAAGGAUGCUUCUAAAACAUUUUCUGCACAGACAGACAAAUACAGAGGUGAGACAAACCAGGCUGCUGACGAUUCGACUUCCACCACUGGAAGCAGAAAGAGUAGCACAGUGGAGUCUGAACUAGCCGGUGAAGAGAAAAGCAGAGCUGCUGAGAGGAAAAGAAUCAUCAUCAAGAUGGAGCCAGAAGAUAUUCCUACAGAUGAACUGAAAGACUUUAACAUUAUUAAAGUUACUGAUAAAGAUUGUAAUGAAUCCACUGACAACGAUGAAUUAGAAGAUGAACCUGAAGAGCCAUUUUAUAGAUAUUAUGUGGAAGAAGAUGUCAGUAUUAAAAAAAGUGGUAGGAAAACUCUAAAACCACGGAUGUCAAUAAAUGCUGAUGAAAGAGGUGGUUUAGAAAAUAUGAGGCCCCCCAACAAUGGCAGUCCAGUGCAAGAGGACACUGAAAAUGCAUCUUGUGAGCUGUGUGGACUCACAAUAACUGAGGAGGACCUGUCAUCGCAUUACUUAGCCAAACACAUUGAAAAUAUCUGUGCAUGUGGUAAAUGUGGACAAAUACUUGUUAAGGGUAGACAGCUUCAGGAACAUGCUCAAAGAUGUGGAGAACCCCAAGAUCUGACAAUGAAUGGAUUAGGAAAUACUGAGGAGAAAAUGGACAUGGAAGAGAAUCCCGAUGAGCAGUCUGAAAUACGAGAGAUGUUUGAGAUGUUGGAUGAUUUUAGGGACAAUCAUUUCCAGAUAAACAGUAUCCAAAAAAAGCAGUUAUUUAAACAUUCUGCCUGUCCUUUUCGGUGUCCUAAUUGUGGCCAACGUUUUGAAACUGAAAAUCUAGUGGUUGAACAUAUGUCUAGCUGCCUAGACCAAGAUAUGUUUAAGAGUGCCAUCAUGGAAGAAAACGAAAGAGAUCACAGGCGAAAGCAUUUUUGUAAUCUGUGUGGAAAAGGGUUUUACCAGCGGUGUCACCUAAGAGAACACUAUACUGUUCAUACUAAGGAAAAACAGUUUGUUUGUCAGACAUGUGGAAAGCAGUUUUUAAGAGAACGUCAGUUGCGACUCCACAAUGACAUGCACAAAGGCAUGGCCAGGUAUGUCUGUUCCAUUUGUGAUCAAGGAAACUUCCGAAAACAUGACCAUGUACGGCAUAUGAUUUCUCAUUUAUCUGCUGGUGAGACUAUAUGCCAGGUCUGCUUUCAGAUAUUCCCAAAUAAUGAACAGUUGGAACAGCACAUGGAUGUUCACCUGUAUACGUGUGGAAUAUGUGGAGCAAAAUUUAAUUUGAGGAAAGAUAUGAGAUCACAUUAUAAUGCCAAGCAUUUGAAAAGAACAUAAGUGGUUUUCUACUGUGCUAAUGUUUAGUUGAUAGUAGACAAAACACCAAAGCAAAGGAUAUGAGCUAUUUAGAAAUUGAUUUUCUAAGGUGAAGUGUUUGAAAAAAGUUUCAAGGCCCUUUGACCUUAAAUAUUUUUGUUUAGGAUCUUAAGUAUCUAUGGUUUAGGUGUUAUUAAAUGUUUUAUCAUUUUUUUGUUUUUUCUUAAUAGAAUUCUUUGUUUUUAGUUUGUUUUAGCUAUGGUUAAAGUUACUUUUAAAUGUAGACUACAAGUGGUUGUUACCCUUUAAUGACUAUUAAACUUUAGUUUUUUAUCAAUAAGGUGAUGACUUCACUAUUUCUAUGUGUUUUUGUUUUUUUUAAGGUUAUCCUGUGAAAUUUUGUGAAAUUUUAAACCCAACAUCAUUGGCCAUUCCCUGUUUAAAUUUAAAAAAAAAAUUUUUUUGACUAAUUAUUUGAAAUGAUCCCUUUAACUUUUAGCUUUUUUUUUUUUUUUUUUGUAAGUUGAAUGGUGAUUUAGCCACUGUUUAUUCCCCCUUUUUAUCAGUGAAAUUCAUAUACUUAUUAGGCAGGUUAGGUGCACUGAAUCUAACCUUGAAAGUGGACAUGGGCUCAAACUUGGCCUAAAAACGUUGAUGGAACUAAAGAAAUUCCUGUAAAUUAAUAUUUUCCUAUAAUUGAUAAAAUAUCAUUUAAUAAUCAUUUAAAACUUAUAUUAAGUAUAAAACUCAAUGACUUUACCUCACCUGAGACAUUAGUGGGGAUGAGUCAUUUUGUUUUGUGAUAUUAAAUUUAACUAUGAUAGUUAAUUAAAAAGACAUAUCUUGUAUUCCUUUAAAAUAAUUUAAAAUAUUCUGAUUUCUAAAGUGUGUUAGUUUAUUAAUUAUUUUUGUUUAUAAAUAGACUUUAAUAGUUCUCUAGAAAUAUGACAUCUAAAGAAAAAUGAUUUUUUACCUUUAAAAUUACAUACUUUUGGAACUUUGAGAUUUGAGAAAGCUGCCAUGUAUAUUGAUAAAACUAAUAAAAUAAAUCAAUCACAAAUCUGGUUGUUCUAUAAAAGUAGAGUGUGCAAAAAAAUGUCUUGUGUGUUUUAUACUAUCUAAGAUUUGGAGAAAAUGUGUUGUGGCAAAUUGCAGUUUAUCACCAUGCUUUAUUAUUAUUUUUUCUGUAAAGGACUACAAAAUUUGAGAAGUAUAAAAAUAAUCACAGAGCAUAUAAAUGAAAAUAGUUUAUCACUUUUUAGUUAAAGUAGUAGUAUUGUUUGUUAAUUGUUGCUGAAACAGGGUCUACACGAAUUACAUGUGAAUUAAAACACUUGCAAAACUGACCCACUAAUAAACACAACUAUUGAAUAGAAUGCCUUUUAAUGUGAAUUACUUGCAUUGUAAUACCCUUCUCAUAAUGAAAGGGAUGUUAAAUAACUCCUAUAUUUAAAAGUGUAAUUUUGUGUCUAUGAACAGUAAUUUAACAACAUUGCUCUUUUUUUACAUCUGAUUUUUGAGAUACACAAGUCAUAUUUUUGUAUACAACUUGCAUAAAAGAACAAGUUGCUAAGAGAAUUGAGAGAUCUAUUGAGUAACACAGAUUUACUUGAAAAUAUUAGAGCACAGCAUGAGCUCAGAGAUUUGUGGGGAGAUGUUGAAGUGUUAAGUAAGAAUAAGAAUGGUAUAGUAGCCAUGCAGUAUUAAACUAAUGGGACGUAGAGAUGGGGAAAAUACACAAAAAGAUAAACAAGAAAUCAGGAAUUUUUUUUAAAGCCACAUAAUAGGAAAAAUGAUUCAUCUUAGAUACAAUAGUUUAGCAAGUAAUUAAAUCUGAACUGCAACUAAAAAUGAAAUAUGGUAUAAGCAUUACUGACAGGACCCUGCGAAAAGUUCUUUUAACAAAUCCAGAGACUCUCAGAGAAUAGUGUAGAGAGAUAAGAUAAACAAAAUUUCCAGACUAUUUCUAUAGUGUCUUAAUAAACAUUUUCUUUGGGACCACUGUUUUACAUGACCCUCAUCACCAUUAAAGAGCAAGGUUCUUUCUAAACACUACCACUACUACCAAUCCAUUUCCUAAUGGAUUGUCUAUUCCAUUAGGAAAAGGGGGUUUGACUUAAGUGUUUUGACAUGCACUAACAGCCAACAAUUAGCAGGCAAAUAUGUAAACAUUAAACAUGAUCUCUAAUUUUACAUGACUGAGAUGUUAUGUUCAGUUUCACAAAGCCACACCUCCACGAUAUUUUCUCCCAGUUUCAUGUUAACGCAGGACACCUUGUGUUUUGGAACUAGCUACCGGACAGCACAGGCUUCUUUAUAAUGUAAUUUUCCUUGUUAAGGCAGAGUUCAUGUAAAGACUGCUUGCCUUUUAAACCUAGGAGGAAUGAAAAUACGCAGCACCUCAACACCUCUCCAACCCAGUUUCCUCUCAUUUUUUCCCUCUCUUGGGGAGGAGCUGCAGAGCGGUAACUCCUUCCUGUUAUCGCUUCUUGCCCUCCAGUGCUGUGAAGACAAUGAAUCAAGGUUGUGGAAGUGGCUUGCUCCUCCUGCCUUUAUAACUUGAGUGAUCCGGUCUCCAAAUCUAAAAACGAAAGGAAAAUCUAGAUAGAUUCAUGUAGAACCUUGUUUUCUUUUUCUGUCUGACUAACACGGUCUUGCUUAAAAGGACUUUUGUUCUCUAGAGAGAAAUUGUGAAGGAAUGGAGUCAGUGCCUAACAGGUUUGCCACCAGUUACAGUGUAGCUCAGAUGUUUAUAGUGCUUUAGUAAGCAGGACUAAGAAGAAUCUCAGAAAUUAAUAAAGCACAACCAAGUGGCAGUGGAUUCGGACUCAGAAAUUUGUCUUAAUCUCUCCCAUAUUUCAAAAGUAAAAUAUUCAGAGAAAUGAUUCACAGUGGUACAUGAGCAAUGUUUAAUGUGUGAAGUUUGAGUACAGACAAAAAUUAGAAUAGGGAUUCCAGGCACUAGUUAUAAAAUAAGGACAGUUUGCUAAGGCAGAGCACCAAUUAAAAGGAAAAAUAAUAGACUGGUGUAAAAAAUAAUAUUUAAGUAAUGUAGUUGAGGACAAAAAGAUGAACAAGACAAAAGUUGAGUAAAAAAUUAACAGCUGAAAUAUUCUAGGUGAGAUGAGUAGAGAUUGAAGUACUUUGAUAGGUUAAAUAAUUUGAUUAGAUUAAAAUAAUUCCAUUAGAGCUGGAGAAGGCCUAAUGAAACAAUUGUUAUGAACAUGCCAAGGAUAUACCUAAAUACUUGAGAUAAUAUACUGACUUAUAUUCUAAAAAGUGGGAAGAGAGGCUGGUGGUGGUUGGCAACUUUCUCCCUGGUUAAAACAAUACUUGUUUAUAUCACUUAAGGAAUUUCUAUAUUUAAUAGAUCUCUGGAAAAUCCCUCAAAGAACCAGUGUAACAGUUAAACAAAAACUUGUCAUUAUUAUUUACAAAAAGCUAAGUCAGUACCAACUAAAAGAAACCUGAAUGUGUAUGCACACCCGUCGUUGAGAAUGAAGAAACUGGUAUUUUUUUCUUAAUUUAAAAUGGGUUUUAUGAAUUCAAAAAAUCUUUUGCCAUUCAUCAUCUACUUCGAUCAUUUCCUCAUCUUUCCUCACACCACCCCCAUCUCCUGUGUGACAGAUGCUUCUCAGUGAUAAAUGCUUGUGCUCUGCAUUAGCACUGCCUGGGAUUCCAUAAUCCUGAUAAAGCUAGGUGGGAACAUAUCCUUGUGGAAUGCCUCCCACCUCAUCACUGAGGUGCAGUAAACAGGUGGCAGGAUGAAGGCCAGGGAACUGAAGCAAGUCGUUAGUUACAUUGGGUGUUAAGAACUUGACGCUGCAGGCCGGAGUUGGAAACCCCAUGAUCUGUCCAUCCUAGGGCUCUCCCUCUAAUGCCAGCAUCCGGUUAGUUAGCACACUCUACUCUGCUAAAUGCUUUACACAUGUAAUUUUAAUGAAUCCUCACCGCCUUAUGAGGUAAGUGUCAUUCUAAUUUUCCAGACAAGGGACUGAGUAUUUUUUCUUGAGACCACACAGAAACUAAAUACUAGAGCUGGAAUUUGAACCUAGACCUAUCUGAUUUCUGCACUCCUGUACUUAAACACUAAGCUACAUACUCCACCCACCGGAAGUACAAAGAAGGGCCUUUUCAGCCUAGGAACACAUGUGGUAAAGCUACUAUGAGACUGCUCCUUGCUCAUCACCUGUCAUCUGCUGUGCCUGGUAAGGUAGCUGGUAAUGGUACCAAUGAACAUGUUGACUAAUGUGAAAAUGUAUCAGUCAAAAACAAAACUUUAUUUGAAUGGGUCAUUUAGAAUGAUGUUCUAGAAAUAAAGACUAAUUACUGAUAUGUUUUCAUUUUCCUUUAUUUAAACCUAAAACAUUUAGUGGUAUUGUCAGCCAUUUGGGGGGCCUAUGGUAGGUGCUCAAUUAAAAAAUUGAAUUCAACUUCCAUAUUUCUACCUCUGAACUACCCCCCCCCACCCCUUUUGUCCCAACCUUUGUUUUAAUCUCUCCCACCAAUCACCAUUUCCUUUUACUAGUUAUCACACUGAUGAGUUGAAGAACUCAUCAUUUGAAAAUGUUCCCAAGAAAAAUUAGGACCCCAGAAUAACCAGUUUCCGCUUUUUGCCUAAACAGAUGAUGUGCAUAAGAAAUUCUUCAUUUCUUUGGCAAAAAAAAAAACCAAAACCCAAUUACCAUAUUGUGAUUGAUUAUUAAAAUUAAUAGAACAAUGAAAGAGUUUGCCUAAAACAAAAGUUGGUUUUUCUAGCCAUUUAUAAUUCAAUUUACCAAUAAUAUCUACUUUCUAGUGCAUAUCUAGUGUAACUUAAAAAGUCAUAUUCAUAAAAGAAAUGAAAAAGAAUUUCAGGAAACAACACCCUCUAUAUCAAUCCUAACCUAGCAGCAAACUUUAAACAAGUGAACAGUUAUUUAAUAGUUUACAUGAAACAGUUCCCUCCCGAUUAAAUCUGAUUUUAAAAUUUUGCAUCUAUUUCCUGAUUUCUAGAGCCUGUACAACAGGUUUUAACUACUACUAUGUUAAGUCUACUUUAAUGAUCUAUUUGCCAAACAUUUUUUAAGUUAGAAUAGAAAGAGAAGAUGGUGAAGAUUCAUUCCAUGGGUAAUGGCUACAUAAUCAUUUAGGUGGCUCCUUUUCAUGGCCGCCUAUCAAACACAAGGACGUAUUUCUCAGUAGCAUGGGUAGAGUCUCGUACAAAAACCAGAUGAUAUUUAGCUACUUAUAGAUUUAUAUGCUCUCGAGGCAAAAAUGCAAAGAUUUAGAAUGUUUGUGUCUGUAUUGGUAGGUAUAAAUAUUAACUAAAUGACAAUAGCAGCUUGUAAAUUCAUGCUAACUUUGAACCAAUUUUAUACCACCUACAUAUUUAUAUGCACAUGCUUAGUUGACUUUAGCAUUAAGAAGUUUAAAUCCUAUUUGAAUUGUUUCUUUAUUCAGGAACCAAAUUACUGAGGUCCAUUAGUGAAAGAAUUGUUCAUCCUUUCUGUCAAAAUCCAUCAUAGAUCACUAAGGGGCCAGAAACCAUCCAUAUAACUUCUCAUUAUCUUACAAAAAAUUUCUCAUAUUGUCAUUUUCUGACAAAAAAGAUGGUGUGAAGAUUAUAAUUCAGUACUUGGCUCUGAAUUGAAUGUAUCAAUGUACUAAUCGCCAUUGUAAUAAGAAAUCAGGAAACGCUAGGAUCAAAGGAUGACAAAAAAAUGUAAAGGAUGAUUUCAAUUCAGAGUCAGGAAUAUUAGUAAUUUUAUGUGAGAAAAUUUUGAUAACUCUCUAUCCUUACCUUCUUGAGAAAGGAAUAGUUAGGUAGGCAGCCUAUGAAGCUCCCAGUUAAACUUUAUUUAAAAAGUUACGAUGUUGUUUUUAUUCUACUUGAAAGCAAUUGCUUAUACCAAUCAGAAUCAGCAGAGCUCAUUUUUAGAUGAGGGAAGUAUAAUUCUAAGCAUAGCUUAUGAAAGUCUUUUUUUUUUUCAAAUGCUUUUAUGUUCUCUGAUGUGGGGAAAAGUAUUUUAAGAGACAAUCUUUUUUAAGGCAAAAUGUUGCUGCAAAAUAUAUAAUUCUACCCAGAAUUAAGGCAAAACGUUGCUGCAAGAAAAUAUAAUUCUACUCAGAAUCACUGAGGCAGGUUAGAAGAGUUAUGAAUUUAAGAAUUUGAAGGAAAACUCCGCUGUGUGUGUGUGUGUGUGUGUGUGUGUGUGUGUGCGCUUUAUUUUAAUUUACAGAAUGUAUAUAACAAUGUUUGAAAAAAACAAUGUUAACUUGAUGGCUCAAAGCUCUCAUUAAAAACAUGAACUUGCAAAUUUGUUAGAUCUAUGUUUCAACCAGAUUUACCAUUAGUAAGUUAACAUUGUAAAAUUUUUUUUGAAGGAAAACACUUCUUAACUGCUUCCUUUCUCCCUACUUCGGUCUACCUGGCUGACCUAUCUUUAUAUUACAUAUUUAUGUGUCCUACCCAUUCUAGCUUAGAUCAUGCAAGAAAAAAAAAAGUGCUCCUAUAGUUGAAGAAUUGCAUUAGUAAUAAGAACACCUUAUGUUUGAAGGGUACAAUGAGUUACAUUGGGGAAGAAAUUAAAUAAAUGUAAGUUCCAGGAACUUUUGUUUCCAGUCUUUGUUGUAUUAACAGUGUAGUGGCCUGAUGCCAAAAGCCAUGAAAUUCUGACCUAAGAAUUAUGUUGUGUCUUGUAGAACAGUCAACUUAUAAUAUUAUUUUUCUUGAGUUUUGUCUUUUUCUGUG